GUAAAAGAAGUUUGUAGAGUAAAGUAAAUUGAAGAAUUGAAAAUAUCAUUUGGUUACGUUCAUGAACGAUUGAAAACAGUGUUAAAUGGUGAAGAUGACAUCUCUAGAUGCAGGAAAAUUAAGGCAAAGUUUGUCAAAGUAUCAAAACCCUGAUAUCACCAAAAAACAUAUCAUCAAAGUUCUGAAUGUCUAUAACGGUUUACAAUAUAAAGUAGAACCAUUUGUAUUUAAUGAUGGAUCACGCAAAGAAUUAUUCAAUUUACAAGGAACAAUACCUGUUCCUUUUAAAGGUACUUAUUACAACAUUCCUAUAUGUAUAUGGCUAAUGGACACACAUCCAAAUAAUGCACCUAUGUGCUAUGUUAAACCUACUUCUGAUAUGGAUAUUAAAGCAAGCAUGUUUGUUGAUCAUAAUGGAAAAAUUUAUUUACCAUAUCUCCAUGAUUGGUUGCCACAUUCAUCUGAUUUACUUAGUCUAAUUCAAAUAAUGAUUGUAACCUUUGGAGAACAACCACCUGUUUAUGCUAGACCACGUCAAGAAGAAUACUUAUCUUUCAUGCCUGUGCCUGGAAGUGGAACACAUAUGCCAGGUUCUAAUUUUCCACCAUAUCCACAAAACUCACAGUAUGGGGGUGGAAGUAGUGUUUAUCCUCCAUACAUGCCUCCAACAUCCUCUGGGUUUCCAUACCAAGUCCCAUAUGGUUCUUAUGGAGGAUCAGCUUCAAAUUAUCCACCACAGGGUGUUACUGGCUCUUUUCCAUACCCUCCAUCAACACAACCAUCUCCAACAGUACCCGCUACUGCUGGUGCAUCGGGUACAAUCACGGAAGAGCAUAUUAGAGCAUCCUUAUUGUCGGCAAUAGAAGACAAGUUAAGACGGAGGCUUAAAGAACAAUUCUCGCAAUUGUUAGCCGAACUAGAAACUCUACGUCGAACGCAGCAAGAGCUUACAAGCGGAUCCGCCCAUCUUACCUAUUUAUUCGAUAGUUUAAAGAGGGAGAAAGCUGAACUUGAAAAAAAUAUAACUAUACUCCAAGACAAAGAAGCUGAAUUGGAAAAAGAAAUUGCCAAACUUUCUGAUAAUCAAUCGAUAGACGUUGAUGAAGCUGUUACAACAAUCGCACCGCUUUACAAACAAAUGUUAAACGCAUUUGCGGAAGAAGCAGCCACGGAAGACGCUAUAUACUAUCUCGGUGAAGCUUUACGGUGUGGUAUUAUAGAUUUAGAUGCAUUUUUAAAGCAAGUACGACAACUUUCACGCAGACAAUUUAUGCUCAGAGCACUUAUGCAACGCUGUCGCCAAAAAGCGGGAUUGACUGGUUAAAUAGUCUAUUCAAUUUUUACAAAGUUGCGCCAUUCAAUAUUUUAUUUUAUUACAAAUGAUGUAUGCAAGACAAACUAUAUAAAUCCCACAAUAAUAGAGGGAUAUAAAU